GGAGAUGUUUCUGCUUAUAUCCCUACUAAUGUAAUUUCUAUUACUGAUGGACAAAUAUUCUUAUCCGCCGAUCUAUUUAAUGCUGGAAUAAGACCUGCUAUUAAUGUGGGUAUCUCUGUUUCCCGAGUGGGGUCUGCAGCUCAAAUUAAAGCCAUGAAAAAGGUAGCUGGUAAAUUAAAAUUAGAACUCGCCCAAUUCGCUGAAUUAGAAGCCUUUGCCCAAUUUGCUUCUGAUCUUGAUCGAGCUAGUCAAAAUCAAUUAGCAAGAGGUCAACGAUUGCGCGAAUUGCUUAAACAAUCCCAAUCCGCUCCUCUGACGGCGGCAGAGCAAAUUAUUACUAUUUAUGCUGGAAUAAAUGGGUAUCUUGAUUCAUUAGAACUUGGACAGAUCAGCAAAUUUCUUAUUGAGUUAUAUACUUACUUCAAAACUAAUAAACCUCAGUUCCAAGAAAUCAUAUCGUCUACCAAUACAUUUACCGAUGAAGCAGAAGCCCUUUUGAAAAAAAGCUAUUCCGGACCAAAAGGAUCGGUUUCUACUUCAAGAAAAACUUUAAAUAAGUACUUCAAUCAAAAAAUUCAAACACAAUAGAAAGAUAUGGAAAAAUUGCGCCCAAUAGGAUUUGAACCUAUACCAAAGGUUUAGAAGACCUAUGUCCUAUCCAUUAGACAAUGGACGCUUUGGUGCUUCUUUUUUGCGUCUUAC